CCCCACCUCCCCCCGUUUCCUAGGUUUGGUCCUUGGCGCCCCCCACCCCAGGCGGGUUACCUGGCUGAAGGGGAAAGGCUGAGCCUCGGGGAGGCCUGGGCCCCCGAGCCAGCGGACUGACAGGUACAGACAGUGGGUCAGUGUCAGACUGGCCGGCGCGGGGCCAAGGCGAGGCCCGUGCCAAGGGAGCAGCAGCAGCAGCAGGUGCUGAGUCAGCGUCAGGCCCAGUCCCACCCCCACUCUUGAGGGGGCGCCCCUACCCUGUGGUCACCUUGCGGUCCCCCACAUUCGCAAACACAAUGUCACUUCCGCAGCCCUGCCUGUCUCCCUCUGCUUUUUGAUGUACCUCUGCCCUUCCUCCUCCCUCCCUCCACCUCGUUCUGGUUGAGCUGUGGAGUAGGAAUUAAUCCAUUUCAAUUCAUUUCAAUACAUGACACUGAAAGCCGGUGGUUAGAGGCAGCAGGAGGGACCCACACCUCAGCCUCCUCAGGAAUCCAGGCGAGGGGGGAGAGAGCUUUCCUGGAGGGUCGGAAAGCGGGGGCCCUAGUACUCUAUUUCUCCUUUCCCCUCUCCCUUCUUUUCCCCCCUCUGAUCCCACCAAGUGUAGGAAUGUUUUUGGGAACAGAGAUGUCAUUUUUAAAGAUGAAUGUGUCUUUCUCUAGAGCCUCAACUUAAAGGCAUCGUCACCAAACUCUUCUGCCGCCAGGGUUUCUACCUCCAGGCAAAUCCCGACGGGAGCAUCCAGGGAACCCCAGAGGACACCAGCUCUUUCACCCACUUUAAUCUGAUCCCCGUGGGGCUCCGUGUGGUUACCAUCCAGAGUGCCAAGCUGGGUCACUACAUGGCCAUGAAUGCUGAGGGGCUGCUCUACAGCUCGUUCCCACAUGAGUCAGAAGUUGGCCCUCCCAGCCUGAAAUGUAUGGAUUAUAUUCUGGCUUGUUCUUCCCAGGGCUCCCUUCUGUCCAGUGAUGUGUCUCUUUGUCUCUUUGUCUGUGUGUGCCUUCCUGGGCCUUUGUCUCCUCAGCAACAUUUCACAGCUGAGUGUCGCUUUAAGGAGUGUGUCUUUGAGAAUUACUAUGUCCUGUACGCCUCUGCUCUCUACCGUCAGUGCCGUUCUGGCCGGGCCUGGUACCUAGGCUUGGACAAGGAGGGCCGAGUCAUGAAGGGAAAUCGAGUCAAGAAGACCAAGGCAGCUGCCCACUUUGUGCCCAAGCUCCUGGAGGUGGCCAUGUACCGGGAGCCUUCUCUCCACAGUGUCCCCGAGACGUCUCCUUCCAGUCCCCCUGCCCCCUGAAAUGUAGACCCUGGACUGGACACUCCUGCACUUGCACCGGUCUAGCCACCGCCACAGCCUGUCUCCCAGCCCUGCUCCUGGACCUGCUCUCACCCCAGCUGCCAUACUCAUGCCCUGAGCAGCCAGGUCCCACCAGGUGCUCUACCCUGAGGGAGCCUAGGAACUGCUGAAACCCUUAGAUGCUUGGACCUUCGAGGUGGAUGUCUGAAAAUG